AUGCCCCCCUCGUCCAUGUCCACGGAACUCCUCGCGUCUCGUGGGACUUCACACUCGCCUCGGCCUCGUAGUGCCAGCCCACCACCCCCGAGGCGAACAGAACCAAGGGAGGAGUACCUUCGCUUAUCGCAGGAGCCCUCAUCAUACGUUGAAGCUCCUGAAAAGGCGCGAAAGCUCAUCGUACUCGACCUGAACGGGUCCUUGCUCUUGCGCAGUGCUCAUCAAAGGCGUCUUCCGACUCCUCGACAAGCACCUCAUUCUCAGGACCAAUCAACCGAUCCAUAUGCAGACCCCACAGUUUUACGCCCCCUACGAGUCGUACACCCCCGUCCAUAUCUCUCCUCUUUUAUCACCUACAUCUUGCACCCGAAAACUAAACAGUGGCUUGACACCAUGGUCUGGAGCUCAGCACAACCGCAUAGCGUCAACGAUAUGGUUGAUAAAUGUUUCAAGGAACGAAGGCAAGAGCUUAAAGCUGUGUGGGCAAGAGAUACGUUGGGGCUGACGAACAAUGAAUAUCACAGAAAGACUUUGACAUUAAAAGACCUUGAAAAACCAUGGGCGGAACUCCCCUUGGUCUCUUCUAACGAUCCAAAACCCCCGUCCGAUAGGCCUCCACCACCUACCAGCUCUUCUCCGACUUCCGACUCUGUCUCACUUCCCAACGGUGCUGCUGAAUCUGAUCCCCCGGCCACUACAUCACAAACCACUCAUUCUGCUCGCACAACACUCCUUAUCGACGAUUCGCCUCUCAAAGCAGCCCUCCAGCCAUGGAACCACCUCGUUAUUCCCGAGUACGUCCAGGAAAUGCGUAACAAAGAUUUGAAGGUCGCCGAACUCGUGAGGGAGAAGGAAAUGGUACAGGAUAGAACAACGGAGCAGUCCCAGGACAAAGAAACGGGUGCAACAGUCAGCGAAGAUCUCACCGAUGAAAUCAAGGCCGACGCCUUGUCACAACCUCUCUCUGAUGCAGUCCCUGCACCUGUCGAAAUCAACGCUCCGUCUGCAGCAUCCGAUUCUCACUUGGAGACAUCUGCCGCUGACAAUGGUCCCGAUGCCACCGCGGACACGCAGUCCAAUCGUGCCCUCAAACGUUUGCAAAAGAAAGAGGCUGGAAAACUAAAACGUGCUGAAGAGCAUGCGAAGCGGAUAUCGGAAGUCGUAGGGGACCAAAAGUUCGACCAAACACUGCUUGCUGUUAUUGGAAUUUUGGACAGGGUGAAAUGGGAGGACAAUGUAGCCGGUUGGAUGAGAUCUGGGGGAUUAGUAAACGUGGAGGGUGUUAAUGUACACCACUUCACUGGAGAAACUUCUGUGAAGGACGCCGGUGUGCCCACACUGCAGUCAGUCCCGGAUUUAGAGAAUGAAAGGGAGGAGGAGACAUCAAAGCGCCCACUGUCCCACACGCCACCUACAAGGAGCCGUGACGCGUCUGCCUCCCCGUCCCCUGAUGAUGGCACAAUCCCAGGAUCGGGUUCAAAGAAGAGGAGGCGAGUCAGUGAUCAGGCAGAGAACCUUUCAACUGUUGAGGAAGCAGCCCUUGAUACGGGGAUGGAUACCUCGGUGGAUGGGGCAGUAUCGCAGCCCAACGAGGCGACCUCGACGGACAUAUCUUUAGCUCAGAUGCAGUCGACUCAGGCCCAACCGGAUGAUCAAGAGAAAAUUGAAGAAGAAAAGGCGGAGCAAUCGGCAACAGGCAUUCCCGUAAUUUCAAGCCCCAAUUCUAUGCUUGUCCCUCAACCCCCAAAUCCAUUAUGUGAUGACGAUGGAGAGCAGAGCAAAUCUUUAAAAUUGUGGUACGAAUAUCCUGAGGUUCUCGCGUUCUGGGCGGAGAGGGGGCAGAGGGCGUUGGGCGAGUUGGGUAUAGAGGUUACGAGUGGCAUUCUACUAAACGGAAGUGCAAGGAGAAAAGUUAGUACUUAA